UGGACUUCGCACGCCUCUCUACGUUGAAGGAAGGGGGAAAGAGCGUGUCGGUGCUCAGGAGCCUGAGGCAUCUUGGCAUGCCAGCAGCUGAGAUGAGUCUUGUUGAAGAUACCUUAGAGUGAGAUCCCAUAGGCCGUGGCGUAGGAGUCUAGUCCACCUUCCCUCACAACGCUCGGAUGCGCCACUAAACCCGCACCAAUAUGUCAUAUCAUCUUAAGAAUGUGUUGUUCUUACGAUUCCGCCUUAAACAGGCAGUCUUUUCCCCUUUCCCCACCAGGUGGCUGACCUUUGACACCUUCAUAUCUCAGCGGGCUCGAAUCUUAGAUCUCAAAACUCUAAAGAACGUCCUGAGACUAUUGCACGAACGGCUCCUAGCGUCCCUCCCUCUCAAGAUUCAUUUGUCUACCUUAGUACACACUUCGGUCCUUUUGUCACAAAAAGGCUGGACAUGGCUAAAUAAAAGGGGUCACAGAGGCAAUCCGUGGUCACAGCGCCCAAUCCUUCCUGCUCGUUUUCAUUACGACUCACUAGCCUCUCUCUCUUUUUUGUUAUUACAUACCUACUGUUGUGGUACUCCGAGUGACAUAGCUAAUAGCCAAGGGCCGCAUGAGGACAGCAGGAGCAGGAGCAGUAGUGAAGUGCCAUGCGGCUUUGGCUGCUCUGCGUUUUUCCUGUCGUGUCUCCCGUCCGAAACAGGAACCUGGUUUUGUAGUUCUGCACUCCUGCAGUCGCAUUGCAUGGGAUCGACAAGUGACUUCACCACAUUUGAGCGGUUCCCCUUGCCACGGCUCGGCCGCUGUUGAGGAUUGAAUACGGUUGGUAUUUGCCGGAAUGAGACGGCCAUCUCGUUUGGGUAGCUUGCAGCAAAGAAGUGAAUUAAAGUAGACACGUUGGGCUUUCAGCUUCUUCAAGAGUCCAACCCAACACGGGGGUUUCUGCAAGGAGUGCUUCGUCAAGUAAUUUGAUUCUAGUGUUGUAACUGUGUUGAAUCUCAUUAUUCUCAGCCUUUCAGGUGUGGAUUAGCCACUGCAACUGCACGACGCAGAUUGGAGGAUAUUUCUGG